UUGGAAAAGUUCUUGAUCCCUAAUGCUUCGCAAGCAGAAAGUAAAGUUUUCUAUUUGAAAAUGAAAGGAGACUACUACCGUUACUUGGCUGAGGUUGCUGCUGGAGAUGACAAAAAAGGGAUAGUGGAGCAAUCACAACAAGCAUACCAGGAAGCUUUUGAAAUCAGUAAAAAGGAGAUGCAGCCAACGCAUCCUAUCAGAUUAGGUCUGGCUCUAAACUUCUCCGUGUUUUAUUACGAGAUUCUUAAUUCCCCGGAGAAAGCCUGUUCCCUUGCAAAAACGGCUUUUGAUGAAGCAAUUGCUGAACUUGAUACAUUAAGUGAAGAGUCAUACAAAGACAGCACGCUAAUAAUGCAGUUACUGAGAGACAACUUGACA